AUGGAUGCUGACAACAAGACACAGUUUAUACUUGGCAUACUACAUGCAGCAUCUUUAACCGUAAGGGUUCAUGAUGACUACUUCACGAUGCAUCCCAUGAUCCGGGCCAUGAUAUUGUGGGUGCAACGUGAGUGCGGGAAGAAGGAGAACAAAUGGUUGGUGCGGGAUAGGGAGCGGGUCGGAGAAGCACCGGCAGCUGAGAAAUGGCGAGAUGCAGAGAGAAUUGCACUUGAGUGGAACCAAAUAAGUGACCUUCCAGAAGCACCUCAAUGUCCUAACUUGAUUUUUCUGAAUCUUCAAGUUAACAAAUUUCUCAGGAAGAUUCCAAAUGGCUUCUUCUUGCACAUGCCUCACCUCAAAAUCCUUGAUUUGCGAGAUACUUCUAUAAAGGAGCUACCGGUAAGCAUUGGUAAUCUGAUGCAACUACACUUUCUCCAUCUAUCCGGAACUAGGAUUACUUCUCUGCCAAAGGAGAUGGCAGCAUUAGUAAAUCUCAAAUAUUUGUCAUUGGAAUCCAUGAAAUAUUUGAGAACUAUUCCUGACCGACUAAUCUCCGGUCUUCGAGAAUUGCAGUGGCUUAUCAUGGUGGACAGCUACAGUGGGUGGAGGGAAGGACACACUUUGGAAGGAGGUGUGAGUUUCGAAGAGCUGGAAAGCUUGAAGAGAUUAAAAGUCAUUGGGAUCACAGUCAGCACGCUUGUUGCUCUUCAAAACCUCUGUGACUCUCCAAGACUGGCACCAUUGACACACUGGCUCCAUGUAGAAGGGUGUCCAGAUUUGACGAUGUUCAACAUCCCAUCCAUGGAUUUUCACGCGGAAACUAUGUCCAGACUAGGUCAAAUCCAGCUUCACGCAAUGAGUGAGCUAGAAGAGGUAGUAAUUGGCAAUCGUCAGCCUAUUCUUCUACCUCUACAAGAGCUUCGACUUUCGAGUCUCCCAAAAGCAAAGCUCGUUUGGAGGCCUACAUUCCCUAAUACUCUUCUUGCACUAAAAAUUGAGGGUUGCGGGGCAAUAGAUAGAUUGAUCAAAUUGGAGGGAGAGGCAAAUGGUAGUGGGGAGACAGUUAUAACAAUCUUUCCUGAUCUCCACACAAUUGUGCUACGGCGGCUUCCAGAAUUGAAAAGUUUGAGUGGUGGGGAACGAAUAUUAAAUUUCCCAUCGUUGAAGACUAUCAAGGUGGAAGAUUGCCCCAAACUGACGAAGCUGAUGUUGGUUGCUGAUGGGCUGAAAGAGAUUGAGUGUGAGAGAUCAUGGAGGGAGCAGCUCAAUUGGGGCGAUGAACGAACCAAGUCCUUCCAACACCUCUACAAACCCAUGUAUAUAGAUUGA